CAUAGGCUCCUUCCUGUCAUCCUUGUGGACCCCUCCCCCGCUCCCCGGCGACGACCCCGACUCCGCCGUCGUCGCCGUCCACUCCAAGCUCGCCUGGGACAAGCACUGGGAGGAACACCGGAACGCGUCCAAGCUGAUGGUCAUCGACUUCUCCGCCUCCUGGUACGGGCCCUGCCGCUUCAUCGAGCCCGCCUUCAAGGAGAUGGCCUCCCGCUUCGCCGACGCCCUCUUCGUCAAGAUCGACGUCGAUGAUCUCGCGCAGAGGACAAGGGCUUCAUGGCCAACCAAGGCGCAUGGUGCUCGCAAGCGACGAAUGGAGGUUGUUCGACAUAGGCACGGAGGAGGAGGAGGAGGGGCACGGACGGAGGAGGACAGAGCACCUCUCUUCUUCUAGGUUCUUCUCCAUACCUUCACUUCUUGUAUGUGCCUGUGUUGCAGCUCACCCGUGGUCCUGUUUGUC